UCCCCUCUUCACUUUCCAACCUAAUCUACCCUCUUAGGGGCACCGCCUCUGCCUAUGUCCCCACCCCAACCACCGCCAUCGGCACCGCCCUUGCCACAACUGGAACCAUCAGAUCAUUCACCACAACUUCCGGCGUCGGCGGGGCUGAUGCCGCCGCCGGUUCCGCUUUACAAACAUCCAUCAUGGUCGCCAGACAUUUUCCGGGACGAAGCAUGGCUUAGAAGGAAAGGAAACAGCAAGAAAAGGAGAAGCAAGAGCGUAACAGAUGAAGACCUCGAUGAACUCAAGGCUUGUAUUGAGUUGGGAUUCGGCUUUGAUUCCCCUGAGGUGGAUCCACGUUUGUCCCAAACUUUUCCUGCUUUGGGUCUUUAUUAUGCUGUUAAUAAGAGCUACAACGACGCCAUCUCCAAGCCUUCCACCUCCCCUCCUUCAGUUGUAUCGGAUUGUGAUAGUAUUCCUUCCCCUAUUGGCAGCCCCCACGCCAUUGUUGGCCCUGGAGAUAAUCCGCGAACGGUGAAGACAAGGUUGAGGCAAUGGGCGCAGGUGGUUGCUUGUUCGGUGAGGCAAAACUCAUGAUGAUGGAUGUGUCCUAUAACUUGAUAAAGUACCAAGGGUUUCAAGAUGAAAUGAUAAGAAAUCAAAACCAAUGAAACCAGAGUCGUUAUGGAUGUAAAUCAAACACCAAACAUCUUUUUGUUUGGUAACUUGGGUUAGAAAAAUUAAAGAAAAGAAAUCAGAAAAAUCCACAAGUUACUGAAAAAGAAGAAAAAAAACACAACCCUGCUAGAUUGACUUUUCUUACCUUUAAUCACAGAAUUCUGCAAUGCUGUCGUAGUUUGAUUUAUGUUUUUUUCUCUUUUACUUUUCCUUAGUUUUGCCAAAUUUUACAAUAGUUUCAGUCUGAACAUGAUCUGCACAAAAAGAAGAAGGUGAAAACAUGUUUGCAGCUUGAUUCCUUCUGCAUCAAGAAAUUGUUUGCCCUCACUCUUUCA